CCAUUGCUAACAAAACCUAGCCUCUGGGUUAUAUUCUCUAAAUUGCAUUUAGUUUUGAGCUCUCGAGGCUGUUUUCGGUACAGAUAAAUAAUGACCUUUUGUUAGCUUGUUAUCUCAAUGAAGUUAUGUUGCUUGUAAUGUCGAUGUUUGUGUGUACUGGAUUCCAUUCAUCAAGACAUUUAACGCUAGCAGCUAGCUUAGGUUAGCUGCCCGUCCUGCGUGUUACGCCAAGUUUGUUUGAUUGUAGCCACAUUAGUUUGCAACUACACAACAUUUAAGCUGAUACAGCAGUUUUAUCAACUCAUUGGGACCGUAAAGAGCUUCAGAGAAUGCUGGCGACGGGAGCAGCUGUAACGAACGUCACAGCCCUGGCCCAGGUAGACAGAGAGAAGAUCUAUCAGUGGAUCAAUGAGCUGUCCAGCCCAGAGACCAGAGAAAAUGCCUUGCUGGAGCUGAGCAAGAAACGCGAGUCUGUGCCAGACCUGGCACCAAUGCUUUGGCACUCCUGUGGCACUAUUGCUGCCCUGUUACAGGAAAUAGUGAACAUCUAUCCAUCUAUAAACCCACCUACACUUACAGCUCACCAGUCUAACAGAGUGUGCAAUGCUCUGGCACUUCUGCAGUGUGUUGCCUCGCACCCAGAGACACGAUCUGCUUUUCUUGCUGCCCACAUCCCUCUUUUCCUUUACCCUUUUCUGCACACUGUGAGUAAAACACGUCCAUUUGAGUACCUGCGACUUACCAGCCUCGGAGUCAUAGGUGCCUUGGUCAAAACAGAUGAACAAGAAGUGAUUAACUUCCUCCUCACCACGGAAAUCAUCCCGCUUUGUCUCCGCAUCAUGGAAUCGGGGAGUGAGCUCUCCAAGACGGUUGCUACUUUCAUACUGCAGAAGAUCUUGUUGGAUGACACAGGACUGGCCUAUAUAUGUCAGACGUAUGAACGUUUCUCCCACGUGGCCAUGAUCCUUGGCAAAAUGGUGCUCCAGCUCUCAAAAGAACCAUCGGCUCGCCUGUUGAAGCAUGUUGUCCGCUGCUACCUUCGCCUCUCUGACAAUCUCAGAGCCAGAGAAGCGCUGCGUCAGUGUCUGCCAGACCAGCUGAAAGACAGCACCUUUGCCCAGGUGCUGAAGGACGACACCACCACAAAGCGCUGGCUGGCACAGCUCGUCAAGAACCUGCAGGAGGGCCAAGUCACAGACGCUAGAGGCAUUCCACUGGCUCCACAGUGAUGGGGAUUAAGUGUGUGGUUACAGAAGGACUCUCAUCUCUGCAUAAAUUUUGUAUUUUGCCAAAUGUGGUGCUAAGACUGCAAAGUGAAUGACAUAAUAAAGGAAGUUUUUUUUUUUUUGCUUUUUGAUAGAUAGUUUUCACCAGUUUCUCUGCCAGUAUGUCACUUCUACAUGAGGUCACUAUAACAACUGAAAAUCUGUUUUUUAAGAGCCAGACUGACUAAAGCCGAAAUUGAUAACUGAUAUUUGAGAAUAAUUAAUAAUAAUAAGUAUAAAAAUAAGUAAAUAAGUAUAUUGGCUGGUAUUUGUUUGUGAUGUAAAUGUUUUUGGCAAGAUCUCAAACUUGACUUAUAAAGAGAUGGUGGGAUGUUUUACAGUUAGAAAAAAGUCACUAUCAAAUAAUAAGUCAUUUUUUAACAGGUUACUUCACUGAAAACUGUAAAUAACUAUAACAGAAAAAUACAAUAAACAUGACAUGAGGAAAAUGGCCAAAUGUACAUUAAAAUGCAGCUUGUGAAACAUGUAUUGCUGCAGUUACCCGCACUGCAAUUUCUGUCAACAUAUCGAUACUAAUAAGCCAGCAUCGGAUGUUGAACAUCAGCUCCUUCAAAGUAUUGGCCAGCCCUUUUCGCAUUCACUGUAACGUUCUGUAUCAUUCCCCUUCAAUGUAGGAACUGUUAUUUUUUUGCUUCUUGCAUUUCAAAUAAGACUUUAAUCUUCUA